AUGGACCAAGGAUGGGCCAAUGGACAGGCGAACAUGUACCAGGGCGCCGGCGCGCACAUGAAUCCACAGGCCAUGUUCAACAACCCUAACUUCGACAUCAACCAAUUCGCCCAGAGCCAGCAGCAACAUCAGCAGCAGCAGCAGCAGCAACAGCAGCAACAUAAUGGCACACCCACUCCCCAGCAGCAACAGUUCCCGGGCCAGGCAUUCAACCCCGGCUCGGUGGUGCCCGCGAAACGACCUCACGAUGGCAUGUCGGGCUCCCCUCAGCAGCCCCAGGUCUCGCGUUCCCAGACUCCCAACUACGGCGCCGCUGGCUUUCCCAAUCCACAGCAAUUCGCCAACGCGCCCACGCCUUUUCAGCACCUCCAACAACAACCCGGGUCCAACAAUGCCACACCCUCGCCGACCAUCCAGAAUCAGCAGUUUCGACCGCCGCAGCAACCGCGCAUGAACCCUUCUCCCGCGCCUUUUCAGCAAGGGCAGCAGCAACAGUCGCAGCAGCCCAACUUUGGGAACCAAAUGUCCCCCGGGACGCCGCAGACCUCGAGACCGACGGGCGGCAUGUCGCAGCCAGGACAGAUGGGUCAAUUCGGCCAGCAAUUUGCAGGGAACCCGAGCAUGAUGGCGGGAAUGCAGAAUAACAUGGCUGCGCAGAUGCGCAAUCUCAAUGCUGGUAUGCAGCCUAACGCGCAACAGCAGGCCUACCAGUUGAAGUUGAUGCAGCACCAGCAUCAGUUGCGUCAGACGGGAAUGAUUCCGCCAGGAUCUUCGGGCGGACAACCGGGGCAGGGGAACAACAUGGGCGGUGCUGGUGCUGGAGGGCAGCCACCGUCUGCUGGGCAAAUGCCCAAUGGACAAACCGCGAAUAUGGCUCAGGUCCAGGCACAGGCACAACAAAUGCAGCUCCACAAUGAGAAACGCAAGUCUUUCCUCAAACAGCUGCAGGGUUACGCCCAACAGGCUGGUCGCCCUUUCAACCCCACGCCGGCCAUCGGUGGCAAGGUCCUCGAUCUCUAUGCGCUCUUCACCAUCGUUGCAAGUGCCAAUGGCUCGAGCAGUGUGGAUCGCAAUGGACAAUGGCAGCAAGUGGCUACCAAGUUGGGGUUCAUGCAGCCUGCUUUUCCUACAGCUCCAGAAGAGAUCAAGGAGAUCUUCAUGACGGUCAUUGGCGCAUACGAGCGUGUGUGGUUCAAUGUCAGGAUGCAACAAAAACAGGAUCAAGCUCGUGCACACGCGCAACAGAUGGCUGGAUUCGGCGGAGGCCAACAAUCGCCGACCAAAGCAAUGCCUCCCUCCAGCGGACUCAAUCAAUACCAGCAGCAUCUCCAGCAGAUGCAACAAAGCCAGCAGCAGCCUCCACAAAGCACACCCGUGCAGGCAAAUGCAUCCUUGCCGCAGAAUGGGAUGACGACGCCGCAACAAUUGAUGGGCCCCGGUGCAGGACUGCAUCAUCGGAGGAGCAGUAGCAUGAUGCGCAAGCCUGAGCAAGCCACGCCACAACCCGGUCCGCCGUCCGUUGCCGUCGCAUCUCCUCUGGUUGAAAAGCAGAUACGGCCUCCGUCUGUCAAGCAAGAAAGUAGCAAUGCGGUGAUGAAGAGCGAUGAGCCACAGAGCACCAAUUACGUCCCUCAAACACGCACAAYAGAGACAAUGGGCGGCUACGACCUCGCAGCCCUCUCCGAACUAAGCUCUGCGAUUGAAAGAGCAAUACCAAACAUGCCUAAUGUCGAUGAGAUGGGAGUCAUCGACACAAAGUGUAUCACCUUGAGCUUGGCAUCGGGUAUUCACAGCGAGGUCCGAUAUGCCCUGGACAGCCUGGUGAUUCUCACAUAUGACACGCGAGUCUCUCUCAAUGUGGAGCAGUGUGAGGAUCUUCUCGAUGUUCUCGUUGACUGCGCCGAGGAUCAGACCGAAGCUCUUUCCGAAGAUGCCGCAGAGGUUUCCGACGCGCUAGAUCUAGCAUCGUAUGAAGAUGUCCUGCGAGGUGGUAGAGUGGAAGCAGACACUCUGCAAGAAAUCUCCGCGGUUGGCACACAAGCUUAUGAUUUGGAUCGCGCUGCCGACAAGGUGAUCGCCAUCACGACCAUCAUGCGAAAUUUGUCCUUUUACGAAUUCAACCACAGACUGCUUACUUCACCGCCUGCAAUCAAAUGGCUUAGCAACACGAUACGACUCAUGGGAACACGGCACUUGCUUCUACGAACAUGGCACAACACGCAGGACUUCUACAAGGACGUUGUAAUCUUACUGUCAAACAUCUCUCAGAAUCUGGAGUUGCCAUCGAGGGAUGAUGCGCUGCAUGUCCUGCAUUUCUUACUCGCGUUUGCACCUCAGCCGGCGCCGAGCUAUACCGAAGGAGCCGGCACAGUACGGUUCACGAGCUAUGUUCCCUCGCUUCACCGUUACCUCCCUCCAGCUGUGGACUCCAUGGCCAAGCUCCUCGCUCGGCAAGAUCCAAACCGCAUGCUGUACAGAAGCAUCUUCGCAGCAUCUCCCUCAUCGGUAGCUACUUCGGAAUCUCCGCUCGAUCUCCUCACUCGAGCUUUCGCACUUGCCAUUUCYGUUCUUCCCGACCGAACCAAAGGCUCGCUUGGCAACAACACUCAACUCCGAAUCGUGGAGGCGAGAAAAGCUCAUUUAAGCCAAGGCAUGCUUGCCGCUGAUAUUCUCACGACACUCCUGCCUAGCAGCGAUACCGGUCUAGCCCGCGCUUGGAUUGAAAGCGAAGAUGGAUGGGCGGUGGGYUUGCUGAAUCUGGCCGCGCUGCUUUCUGUGGACCGCAAUCAGAGCUCGGCUGGAGGACAGAAAGGUGGAAGGGAGGUGGGCAUGGAUACCGAGAGUUUCAGACUCAUCACGCACCGCGCGUUGACGAUGAUGAAGAGGUUAGCGGAGAAGGCUGGCAAGGGCAGCCUGACUGCGUUACAGUCAACGAAGAAUAGUGCCUCUCAUGCGAACGGAGAGGUCCAGUUCGGCGAUGAAGCAGAUGCAAACCAGCCCAGAUGGGAGGGCAUACCGCAAGGUCACGCAAUUUUGGGUGCGUUGAUGAUGCCCAAUACCGAUAAGGUCGCCCUUGGGUUGCUCUGUGGACUGCAUGAGAUGAGUAUGGGAUAG